AUGAAAUCUGUUUGCCAGGUAAUUGACACUGAAGCCAAACUAGUGGCCCUGAUCAACAACCUGAGAGAGGACACACAGACAGACAUGCUUCUGGUCGAGUUUUUGACACGGUUCUGGCAGGAGAUCAAGGCGGCCACACAAGAUCUGCAAGUACUGCUGGACAAAUUUGGCUGUACAGUUUUACAUCGUAUCAGCAGCAACUACACCCACGGCCAGAUAUUCCAGCUGCAAGUUCCUCUCUGCCAAACGUACACUUCAGACAUUGAACACUUUUCCAAAGAUCUAGAAAAGCAACUCACCAACGCGCAACUGCUGUUGAAAAAUUAUGGGUAUUCCGUGAACAGUGACAUGAUAGACAGAAGUAGCUUCAAGGAUCGUCUGAUGGUUUGUUGUGAUCUCAAAGCUUUUCCGAUUUUAGGAUUUGUUAGCGACAUUGCCAGCAAGAUAACCCGGAUGUGUGACACUGCCAGGCAAUGGCUGGCCCGUGACGAACAGUUCAUGCAUGAAAUUAAUGAAUUUAUCAGAGAAAUAAGAACCGCAGCUAGAAAGAGAGAAGAGAUAUUUCAUCUGAAGAAAACGGAACAGAAGAAUGUGGAAAGAAAUGCCAAAGUUGCACAUAACAUUAUGUUGAGUAACCGACAGAAGUUGCGCUUGAUUGACGCGGAGUUGCAGGAGUUGGAGCGGAGGUUGGGCAUGUGUAGGGAGGAGCAGCAGGCUCGGAUGGUAGAGAUUCAUCAGAAGGAGAGCAUGAUGGACUUCCUCCGGGUCACCUUGCAGCAGACGAAGAAGAACUGCCGCCUACAGACCAAACGCGCCAAGCUGCACAAGCAGGUCAAGGAGCUAGGAGAUUACGUCCGAGUGAUGGAAGCCGACCUGGAGCUGGUUCAGGAUCAAAUCCUCGCCAAGUCCCACGAAAAAAUUAUACUCACCGAGAAGAUACACACAUCGGAGAAAUCUUACGGCGUACUCAAAACAGACCUGGACAAGUUUUCUGAGAACCUGGAGGACAUGGAGGCUGAGGUGAGUGACCUUUCUGGUCAGCUUCUGCAGCUGGAGAUUGUCCACACCAUUCGGACUUCCCCGGAAAUCUUGGACAAUCUGACUGACCGUCCAACUUCAGUGAAACUGUCUAAGUCUCUUAAAGAAAGAAUUAAACAGAAACAUCGCAAAUAUUUAACGCUGAAUUAA